UGGAUGGGAGGCGCGUGGGGAUGGAAACACAGAAAAUGGGAAAGAAAGGAGGAGCUCAAAAGCGGGGGCGUGAGCUGUGGGGGAUGUGUACCGUGGGACCCACCACCCAUGUGCCCUCCCUCCUGUCUCCACCAGCUCCUGCCGCUCAAUGAUUAGCACUCUGCUCCCUCCCAAACCUCUCCUUUCACUCUCUCUCUCUCCCCUCUGUGUAAAAAUUCUAUUUCUUCCUCUUUCACAAUUCUUCAUUUUUUUUCCCUUCUGUCUUUUAAUCUCCAAUAACCCGAAACAGCAGAGACAAUCUUUUUUGGGUUUGAAGCGCCAAAAAAGAAAAGCUAACGAAAGGGAAGGUAGGUUUCAGUAAGAGUGUUGUUUUGGUAUUUUUAUUUUCCCUAACCCAUGUCAAAUUCAGAGGGUGGUGCUACAAACGGAGCCAUAAUGGACCCUCAGAGACAACAAGCGCCAGGAAACGGUUCCCUCGUCGUCAAAAAACCUCCUUCCAAAGAUCGUCACAGCAAAGUCGAUGGUCGUGGCCGAAGAAUCAGGAUGCCUAUCAUUUGUGCGGCUCGUGUUUUCCAGUUGACUCGGGAGUUGGGUCACAAAUCCGAUGGUCAGACUAUUGAAUGGCUGUUACGCCAAGCUGAGCCUUCCAUCAUAGCCGCCACCGGGACGGGGACAACUCCCGCUAGCUUCUCGACCGUGUCUGUCUCCGUCCGCAGCGGAGCUAAUUCAACUUCUUUAUCGUCGACGACUUCGUCUUCUUCUUUGGAUCAUAAGCCUCUGCUGGGUCCCACCCCUUUUAUACUAGGGAAACGCGUAAGGGCCGACGAUGAUAACGCCGGAAAGGACGAUUCCGGAGUGGUCUCGUUGGGACCAGGCGUGGGGUCCAUUGUGGGACCCGCGGGUACGGGUGGGUUCUGGGCUGUUCCUGCAAGGCCCGACUUUGGUCAAGUAUGGAGCUUCGCGCCUCCGCCUCCACCGGAGAUGGUGGUACAGACGGCUGCUGCUGCGGCAGCGGCGGCUCAGCAACCAGCUGCCGCUGCGUUGUUCGUUCAGCAACAGCAAGCGAUGGGAGAAGCGUCGGCGGCGAGGGUUGGGAAUUAUCUUCCUGGCCACCUGAAUUUGUUAGCUUCGUUGUCGGGUGCUCCGGGGGGUUCGGGUCGGAGAGACGAGGAUCCGCGUUGAAUUUGGGUGGACCGUUUUACUCUUGUUAUUGUUGGGAGUAUAUAUAUUUAUAUGAAUAUAUAGAUUCUAUAAAUAUUUGUGUAUGGUUGUUGUUUUUGUGUGUGUGGAUGUGGAAGAUGAUUUUUAGUUGGAAUUUUAGGGUUAGGGAAGUAGGGUUUUGAGGGGGGACAAUUGGGGAGUUUGGAGUACGGAUGAUGAAUGGAUUCAAAUUAGGGUUUUUUUUUUUUUUCUGUAGCACUUUUAUUUCAUGAUUAAUUAGGGUUUUACAGCGUUCACAAUUAUUUAGGAUUCUGAGGGUUUAUGUUGGAGGAGGAGAGGGGAGUCAAGAAUUAGGGCUUUGGUGACUGAGAUUUUGCGACUGGCCGCAUGCUGCAUUUGGGGAUUUCCAGAAUUGGGGAUUUCUUUUGUGAUUAGUCAAGUUUGCUUAAUGAUUUUUUUUGAGAAAAUGGAAUGCUAGUGCUCUCUGAUUUUGUGCAAGGAGUUGCUGAUUUCUUUCUGAUUUGAAGAAACCGUGGAGGUUCAUUUCCCAUGUUGAAAAAGGUUGUAAACCUGGAUUUGAAGAAUUCAUUGCUUUUUUGCAUUGGCGAGUUCGUCCAUAGGUCAUGAUAUAGCAAUGGUGAACGUGCAAAGUGGGUUGAAUCUUGGUUGUGGAUUGUGAUCGAUUUACAGAUAAUUGGGUUUGAAAAUUGGGGUGACCAGGAUGCUGAAAGCCGGGGAAUUUGCUCUGGAUAAUACUAUGCUUGGCUUGAUGCUGUGGAUGUAUGGUCUCCCUAAAUAUGUUGGAAUUCCCUUUAUUGCUAAUGGUGUUUGAGAAUCGUUAGUUUCUUUGCUGCUACCUGUAAAGCCUAGCAGAGCAGGAAAACUUGUACUGGUUCUUAAAUGCGUAGCUCAUGAUAUGCCAUGGACGUGGGUUGAUCUGGCCCUCUUUCUUCUGCUUUCAGUGUCUAUGUUCAUCACAUGAUCUCAAAGGAGACUGCUGUGUGAAAGAUAAAGGCUCUGGUUCCUUUUCUGUAAGGCCUCUGUUUUGGAAAAAUUUAGCUGUAUUCUUAGCCAUUUCUUUAGAUUUAUCAGCGUGCAAAUAAUGUGUCCUUCAUGUAUUUAAGUGGAUUGUUUUGGGUGCCUGUUGUGUGAAUAAAAGACCCAUCUGUUUUUCUCAAUUUUA